GCCAGUCUUCCUCAGCAAAAAAGAGGAGGAUUGGCAUUGGAUAUUAGCUCAGGGCUGGGUGUCCUGACAAAAAAAAAAAAAAAAGAAUAUGAGCCUCCUAUCAGGUGUGGUUAGCAAGGCCCAGUUGUUACCCCAGGUGAAGUACCUGACCUCUGUAGCUGACAUAGUUGGCAUUCUUUUUUUAGAAUUUGAGAACAUAUAUUUUGUUUAAAAAAAAAUCUCUGAUUUUUAUUUCAUGAUAGUUUGCUCUUUCUUGCGUGUGUGUUGUCAUCACAUAGUGUUCUAAACUUAUAGGUGUUUUUUUCUCUCGGUUAAAGUCACGUUUGGCUUUAUUGCUUUUAGAUCCUUCAGUGACUCUUGUCUGUGGCGUGAUUUUCCUCGAAUUCUGAUCACUUGGUUCUUUAUUUGAGAGGCACUGCUGGCUUCACAGCUUCUUCAGGAGCCAGGCUCUCUUCUUACCCAUCAGGUGUGCCUGGCCCCAAGCCCUGGCCCACAUCUGUGCCCACAGUGUCCACCUCGUCCUGGGAGGGGGUCGUGUCUCUACCUCUGUUGGAAUGUAUAGAUGAGUUCAGGCCCCUUGACACUGUUGCCUGCAAGAAGAGAUUGUUCAGCUCAGGCAGCACUGGAAAUCUGUGUUCACAUCUUGACGUUCUGGUUCCAGUUCUUGGAGCUGACAAGGAUAUAACUUUUGAGUAAUCCAACUGUCAAUUCCCAUGUUAUCUGAAAGAUGACUUCAUUUUUCAGUCGUUGUCUUAACCUAGAACCUGCUCUAUCUCAGGAAAGCUGAUUCUUAGAAUCAUGCAUGUAUAAGUCUGUGUCAAUUCUUGUGGUCACACUUUGCUUCAAAUUCCAAGGACUUACCAUCACUGCAUAUACUGCAUUUGAUUUCUCUCUUCGUUGUCAUUUCCCACGAGAGUGUGAGAUCAGGGGUCCUGGGAAUUGAGUCCAGGUCCCUGACUCAUCCUCCCACACACACUGCUGAAGCCGGGGCCUGACUGAAACGGAGUAUGUGGGCUGUUUCAGGACUCGGUGGUCUUUGAAGAUGUGGCUGUGGACUUCACCCCGGAGGAGUGGGCUUUGCUGGAUGCUCCUCAGAGGAAGCUCUACAGAGAUGUGAUGCUGGAGACCUGCAGGAACCUGGCCUCAGUGGAUUGUUACACUCAAGUCAAAACCAGCAGAUCAAGUCCUCAGCGGGGUAUUUUGGAGAAUAAUAUAUUCAGUAAAGAGAACAUAGUAACAUUCACAAGAAGUGGUUCCUGGUCUGCUUUUGGAGAAAACCGUAAGUUUGAGAACGUUGGAGGUGUGCACCAAACCCAGGAGAGGCGUAUGAGCAGUCAUUUGGUGGAGACUCUCAGUGAAAAGAAUGAAGGUGGUCACUGUGGCGAAACCCUGGACCAGAUUACAAAUCUUCCUGUGCAUGAGAGGUGUCUGACUGGAGUGAAACCUGAUGAAUGCACGAAGUGUGGAAAAGCCUUCGUGGGUUGUUCUCUUCCGAAGAAUCCACAAGGAUCUCACACUGGACACAAACCUUAUCCAUGUGAGGAAUGUGGGCAGCCUUGCGGUUGUGUCUCAUGCCUGAGCCCUCACGUGGAAGCAGACGUUUUAGAGAAACCCUGUAAAAGACCUCAGUAUACUGAGAGAGCAUCUAGGAGAAAUGUGAAGAGUCUUGGUAGUAAAAAGUGUUUUGAGUGUAAAAAAUGUGGAAAAACUUUCACUUGCCCCUUGUCCUUACAGGAACAUGAGAGACGUCUCCAUGGAGAGAAGACCCAUAUGUGUACAUUAUGUGGGAAAUCCUUCAUAUGCCGUUCCCACCUUACACGACACGUGAGAACACACUCAGGAGCGAAAUCCAGUGAAUGUAAGGAAUGUGGGAAAGUCUUCAGUUGUUACUCUUCCCUCCAGGGACACAUGAGAACGCACACUGGAGAGAAACCCUAUGAGUGUAAGCAUCCUGACAAAGCUUUCAGUUAUCGCAAAUCUUUGCAAGAACACAAAAGAGCGCACACUAGAGAGAAACCUCAUGUCUGUGAGCGAUGUGGGAAAGCCUUCAGUUGUCCCAGUAGCUUUAAAAGACACAUUAAAUCACACAGUGGAGAAAAGGCCUAUGAAUGUACAGAGUGUGGGAAAGCUUUCCAUUUUUGCUCAUCUCUUCGAAUACCUGUCAGAACACGCAGUGAAGAGAAACCUUAUGAAUGUAAGGAGUGUGGGAAAGUCUUCAGUAGUUCCUCUUCCCUCCGAGAACAAGAGAGAACGCACAAUGGGGAGAGACUGUGUGAGUGUCAGCACUGUGGGAAAGUCUUCACCACUCACUCCUCACUUCAAGGACAUAUGAGGAUACACACUGGGGAGAAGCCCUAUGAAUGUCAGCACUGUGGGAAAGCCUUCCCCUAUCGCUCCUCUCUUCGAGGACAUGUGAGGAUACACACUGGGGAGAAGCCCUAUGAAUGUCAGCACUGUGGGAAAGCCUUCACCUAUCACUCCUCCCUUCGAGGACAUGUGAGGAUACACACUGGGGAGAAGCCUUAUGAAUGUCGGCACUGUGGGAAAGCUUUCACCUAUCACUCCUCCCUUUGGGUACAUGUGAAGAAACACAGUGGGAAGAGACCCUAUGAAUGUCAGCACUGUGGGAAAGCCUUCACCACUCACUCCUCGCUUCGAGGACAUAUGAGGAUACACAGUGGGGAGAAGCCCUAUGAAUGUCAGCACUGUGGGAAAUCCUUCAACACUCACUCCUCGCUUCGAGGACAUAUGAGGAUACACACUGGGGAGAAGCCCUAUGAAUGUCAGCACUGUGGGAAAGGCUUCACCACUCACUUCUCGCUUCGAGGACAUAUGAGUAUACACACUGGGGAGAAGCCCUAUGAAUGUCAGCACUGUGGGAAAGCCUUCAUCUCUCGCUCCUCCUUUCAAGCACAUAUGAGGAAACACACUGGGGAGAAGCCCUAUGAAUGUCAGCACUGUGGGAAAGCCUUGACUACUCAUUUCUCGCUUCGAGGACAUAUGAGUAUACACACUGGGGAGAAGCCCUAUGAAUGUCAGCAGUGUGGGAAAGCCUUCAUCUCUCGCUCCUCCUUUCAAGGACAUGUGAGGAAACACACUCAUGAGAAGCCCUAUGAAUGUCAGCACUGUGGGAAAGGCUUCACCACUCACUUCUCGCUUCGAGGACAUAUGAGUAUGCACACUGGGGAGAAGCCCUAUGAAUGUCAGCACUGUGGGAAAGCCUUCAUUUCUCGCUCCUCCUUUCAAGGACAUGUGAGGAAACACACUGGGGAGAAGCCCUAUGAAUGUCGGCACUGUGGGAAGGCCUUCAUCUAUCAUUUCUCACUUAAAGUACACAUGAGGAUACAUACUGGGGAGAAGCCCUAUGAAUGUCGGCACUGUGGGAAAGCGUUCACCUGUUACUCCUCCUUUCGUGUACAUAUGAGGAAACACAGUGGGCAGAGACCCUAUAAAUGUCAGCACUGUGGGAAAGCCUUCAUCACUCACUGCUCCCUUCGAGUACACAUGAGGAUACACAGUGGCGAGAAGCCGUAUAAAUGUCAGUACUGUGGGAAAGCCUUCCCCUAUCAGUCCUCCCUUCAAGGACAUGUGAGGAUACACACUGGGGAGAAGCCCUAUGAAUGUCAACACUGUGGGAAAGCCUUCCGCUGUGACUCCUCCCUUCGACGACAUGUGAUAAUUCACACUGGGGAGAGACCCUAUGAAUGUAAGCAGUGUGGGAAAGCCUUCAGAUAUCCCACAGACCUUCAGGUGCAUGUGAGAACACACACAAGGGAGAGACCCUAUGAAUGUCAGCACUGUGGGAAAACCUUCAGUCGUCACUGCUCUCUUCACCUACAUGCCAGAACCCACAGUGGAGAGAGACCCUAUGACUGUCAGCUGUGUGGAAAAGUUAUCAGAUAGCCUCCACACUUUCAAUGUCAUCUGGGAACUCACAGUGGGCAGAGACCAUAUUAAUGUCAGUACUGUGAGAAAGUGUACACGUAUUUUGCAUCACUGUAUAAAGACACGUUGGAGAGUAAAAUCUGCAUCCAAGGACAGAGAAAUCUCUAUUCUUAACACCUUGUUGUAAAUGCAAGCAAACACACUAGAAAGAUAGUUUUUGAUAGCAAGAUUGUGGGAAAACUUUCAGGUGUAGCACUUCACUUAUUUUGUUUAUGAAAACUCAGGUCAGGACAAAUCUUUCAAUGGUUAUAAAUGUGGUUUUGCCUUUGUAAGUGUUUCCUUAGUCUGGAGUUUAAGUUUCUUAGACGUGUCUCAUCCUUAGUUUGGAUCCCUAUUGCAUUGAUUUCUAGUUCAUGUUGGUGAUAUGAACACUGAAAAUAAUAAAUAUCUUUUUAUUUCUCAA